UGCCAUCCCCCCACACCCAUUUAUGUUCACUCCACACUCCUCCUCCCAUUUUCUCUAAUCAUACCCCCCAUUUCACUUGUAUGUAUUUUCUUUUUUCUUUUUUAUAUGUUCUCUUUAGAAACCUUUUACCGCUCUCACCUUUUUUUUUUUAUUAAUUUCAUGAUAUUCUUUUCUUUUACGUAUACCACCUUAUAUAAUCCUUUUUUCUUUCUCUUUUACAAACCAAACAUUUUUCUUUCUCUCUUAUUAAUACUACACAACCAUUACUAUACAUAUAUAUAAAAAUCAUUAUUUAAAAACCACCAUGUUUAAAAAA